GCCGGUCUAGGAAGACGGCGGAUCAGUGGAGAAACAGAGGAGGUGGAAGACACUUGGAACUUUACAGAUGCAGGUGGAUACUGCACCAUGGCUCCUGUAACAACAGGAAUGUCGUGCAAUCGUUCGCAGCGAUCUAUAGAGAGCAAGUCGAUGGAGAGCUUCUUUAGUACCAGGUUCCAGCUGGGUAGACUCAGGUCCUCUAUUUCUUCAGGAAAGCAAGUUCCCCUUAAGUCUCACUGUUUAUCAGCAGAGGCCGACAAACAACCUGAGAGCGAAACUCCAGACUACCAACCCCUGGUGCAUCUGCAGCUUGCAUCUGGAGCUUUUCUACUUACGGAGAUCUACUCAGAAUGUGUCCAAAUUCCUCUUGACCGCCUUAAAAGAGCGUCACCUUACAGCCUUCACCGCCGAAGCCUGAGCCCAGCAUUCCGCUGCACUUCUCCCAGCGCUCCCUCUUUAUCCACCUCCGCCAAGAUGCCAGGUGCUCCCACCAUUCACCAUGUCACCUUUUCUCCUUCCUCGUGCUCUCUGGCUAAAUCGGCUGCUCCUCCCUUCCACCACACUCCAGUCGACAACCCCUUAAUUUUGGAGUCAAGGCUUCUGAGAAGACACUUGUCUGAUCGAGACCCCGUCACCUCGCCCCCUGAUCUCCCAAGUUCUGAGGAGGGCUCCUUAGAGUUGUCAAUUGGCAGAUCUCAAAGUCAAAGCCUCGGACAAGCAGACAGUGGCCGUGGUUCAGAGACAGACAUAUGUGAGGGGUCCUCAGCAGAGCCGGCAGACCUCCAGGGCAGCAGCCAGUUGGCUCAAGAGGAUUUAGAAGGCUCGACCUGGGCAACCGCGGUGGCUCUGGCGUGGCUGGAGCACCGGUGUGCUGGCUACUUCAUGGAAUGGGAGCUGGUGGCGGCCAAAGCAGAUUUCUGGCUGCGUGGUCAGAGUCUGCCGGAAGGAGUGGACCUUGCAGGGUUGAGAGGAGCAGCCAGACAGCUGUUUCUGCUGCUGCGCCACUGGGAUGAAAACAUCAAACUCAACAUGCUGUGUUAUAACCCUAAUAACAUGUGA